AUGCAAAAAAUUCAAGUGAUUACAUAUAAUCUAAAUAAUAAUAAAAUGGCUUAUGAAGAUCUUUUAGAUUAUAUUAAUACUCUAACUUUUGAUAUAGUCUUAAUUUCAAUACAGGAAUACUUUUAUACAAUUAAUUUACCUAAAAACUACCCUUAUGUGUAUUAUAAUAGAAUGUAUGGCAUUCAUGCUCUUAUUUUAUCAAAAAUGCAGCUUGAUGUAAAAUUUUAUGUUUAUUGUUUCGGCGAGUGCUACUUGGGUAACAAAGGAUGUAUAAUAUCAAAUAUAAACAGUUCAUUAAUCUUUAUAAGCCUACAUUUAAAAGAUGGUGAAAAUAAUUUAGCACUAAGAAAUAAACAGAUUAAUUAUAUAACACACUUGAUAUUAAAAAUUGGUGGUCCUGUUAUUUUAGCAGGUGAUUUUAACUACAGAUUUACAAAGCAAAUUUUUAAAUAUUGUAAAGAUUUUGAUGAAUUAGAUGCAAUAAAACGACAAUAUGGUUAUUUAGAAAAUGAAAUUUGCUUUAAAUUUACUUAUAAAUACAAUGAAAAUGUAUUAAAUAAUACUAGGAUGCCAUCAUAUUGUGAUAGAAUUUUAUAUAAAAAUAUAAAAUUAAGUAAUGUGACAAAUUACAAUAUAAUUAAUCAAUUUAGUAAUUCUGAUCAUAAAUUAGUUUACAUGUCUUUUAAUGAAGAUAUAAAUAAUUUAAAUAUCUUUAAUGUAAAAUUGACUGCGUGUAAAUCAAGCAUUGUUUCAUGUUUCUUGUAUGAUAAUUUAUUGUGUAUUAGUUUUACUUUUAUAACAUUAACACUUAUUUUGUAUAUUUUUUUAUGGAAAAAAUAA